AUGCGUCGGCUAUUUCUCAUCAGGAUUGCGUUCUGUGUCGACGUGAGCAUCUCACCUUGCAGCAGAGAAGAUGGGUCGUAUGCACGCUCCUGGGGUAUCUCCCAGAGUGCCCUCCCUUACCGCCGUAGCGUCCCGACGUGGCUGAAACUUUCCACCGACGACGUCAAAGAGCAUAUUUACAAGCUAUUGUGUGUUCAUCCGCUCGGCAGGAAGGAUCGUGACUCGAAAUUCCGUUUGAUCCUUGUGGAGUCCCGUAUUCAUCGCCUCGCGCGUUAUUACAAGCGAAAGGCAAUUCUGGCGCCGAACUGGAAAUACGAGUCCAGCACUGCGUCCGCCCUUGUUGCUUGA